CUCAGCAGAGAUGGCGCUGUGGUGUCUGCUGGUUGGUGGGCUGGUCUCCAUAGCAGCAGGCUCCUCCCCCCCGCGCUCCUUCACCUCCACCAACCUCAUCAACAACGUGGUGCGAGACCCCGCCUCUGGGCGUGUCUACGUGGGUGCGGUGAACUGGCUAUACCAAUUAGACGCGAGCCUGACGUUAGAGCGCCACCGUGAGACCGGACCACAUAAGGACAGCCCCCACUGUACACCACCCAUCACCUCCGCAUGCCCAGACCCCAAGGAAACACACAACCACAACAAACUACUACUGGUGCAUCCGACCAAUGGCAGUCUGGUGGUGUGUGGCAGCUUGUACAGAGGCAUCUGCUCCCUCGUCAACCUGACCGACGUCCAACAGACUCUCUACUACAGCGACAGCAAGGGAGAGAAGACGUACGUGGCCAGUACAGAGGAGGAUGUGAGCGUGGUGGGCGUGCUCUCCACCUACACCAGCCCAGAUCAGCACCGAUUGGACGUCUUCCUGGUUGCCAAGGGAUACGGGCCGGCCGACGGCUCCAAACUCAUCAGCACCAGAACGCUGGAGGAGCAUGCGGACUGGGUCGUCUUCGAGAACAUAGUGGAGGCGUCUACCGUGCAGGCGGGUUCGUUUGUCCAGCGCUACCUCCACCAUUUCCGUCACGCCUUCAACGAGAGCGGCUACAUCUACUUCCUGUUCUCUCGGACGGCGGGGCUCGGCGACAAGGCCAACUUCACCUUCAUAGCGCGACUCUGCGAGAACGACCGUCACUACUACUCCUAUACCGAACUGCAACUCAACUGCAGUCACAACAACCAGUACAAUAAGAUACAGGCGGCCUACGUGGCGCCGGCAGGAGCGGAACUGGCCCGGCACCUGACCGCAUCCGGCGAGCAUGGAGAGGUUAUCGCGGGAGACCAGGUCCUGUACGGUGUGUUCAGCUCUGAUGAGGACUCGGUGGGCACGUCUGCGUUGUGCAUGUACCCCCUGAAGAGCAUCAACCGGGCCCUGAAGAGGGUGGUCAGCGCCUGCUACAACAACAAGGGCCUCAUAGACGGGAAGGUUGCCGUGUACUUACCAUACGACACCAAGGAGAGGAACCACUGCGAACAACAAGGGGACUAUCAGCAGAAGGACUUGGCUGAUAUCUACCAGUGUGGUGAUGAGUUUCUGCCCUCUCCUCUGGCGGGAAAAGCCGAGUUCGCUCUGCCCACCACGGAAUCCUUCGUGCGUUCCGGAAUGUUCACCGCUGUAUCCGUUGCCGUGGAGACGGACCACACCGUGGCCUUCCUGGGCACCAAGGGCGGAGAAGUGCUGAAGGUCCACCUGACGGACGCCCCGUACUACUAUGGUUGUGUGCCUGGAGACAACACACCUUCUCUCAUGACCUUUAACCUUUAA